AUGGGAUCUCAGACCCCCGAGGAACAUCAACAAAUUCCCGAUGCUUCUAACUCCGCCGAGCUCAAACCAGCCAAUCAAAAUCCGAAACCUAACAAAGGUUCAAGCUCGGCUGAUUUGGAUCGUGGAAUCAUCAGCGACGACGAUGGUGACGAUGAUAAUGAUGGUGUCAAAGAAAGAUCUGGGGUGAAUGAGCUUUCGUCUAAUGAAAAGAAGAAGAAAAGAAAAAAGCCAAAGAAGAAGAACAGGCAACCAACAGAGCUCAGACAAACCAAUCCACCAAGUGUGCUUGUUUCUAGCUUAUUCCCAUCUGCAUUUCCAAAGGGAGAACUUCUGCCAUAUGAGAAUACGUCCCGUAUUACGGAUGAGGAAUCAUGUUUCAACUCACGCCUUUGGGACGAAGGUUUUCUUGACGAUUAUCGUGAAGCUGCAGAGAUCCACCGACAGGUUCGUCAAUAUGCGCAAAAGGAGCUCAUCAAACCAGGAGCAAGUCUUUUAUCAAUUGCCGAUGGCAUAGAGGAUGGAAUCCGUGCGUUGUCUGGCCAUCAAGGACUCGAAAUUGGAGAUAGCUUAAAAGCAAGUAUGGGGUUUCCCACCGGGCUUUGUCUUAACAAUAUCGCAGCCCACUGGACACCGAACCCGGGCGGAAAAGAUGUUAUUCUGAAGAAUAGCGAUGUACUCAAAGUCGACUUCGGAGUGCAAGUGAAUGGUCGCAUCGUCGAUUCAGCAUUUACUGUCGCUUUCGACCAUACCUACGACAACCUCCUGGCUGCUGUGAAAGACGCAACUAAUACUGGCAUUAUGUAUGCUGGUAUUGAUGCAAGAAUGAGUGAUAUCGGUGCUGCUAUCCAGGAGGUCAUGGAAAGUUACGAAGUGGAGAUUGGAGGAAAAGUUUUCCCGGUAAAAUCUAUUCGAAAUAUUACCGGCCAUGACAUUCUUCGAUACCAUAUCCAUGGUGGCAAGCAAGUCCCCUUUAUCAAGAACAAGAAUCGAGAUAAGAUGGAAGAGGGAGAAGUCUUUGCAAUUGAGACUUUCGGUAGCACUGGAACGGGUUAUCUACGAGAUGAUGUCGGCAUUUAUGGCUACGGACGAAGUGACGAUGUCGGAAGCCACAAUGUACAGCUUUCGUCCGCCAAGGCUUUACUCAAAACCAUCGACGCCAAUUUUGGAACCUUGGUGUUCUGCCGCCGCUAUUUGGAGCGUCUUGGAGUCAGAAAUUAUCAUCUCGGGAUGAGACAUUUGAUAGACAAUGGAAUAAUGGAGUCUUACGCUCCACUUGUCGACGCGAAGGGCUCAUAUACAGCACAAUUUGAACAUACAAUUCUGCUCCACAGUGGUGGUAAAGAAGUCAUCAGUCGUGGCGACGACUAUUAG